AAAACAUUUUUGUCCAAAAAAAAAGACCAACAUCUAGAGAAAUCUCCUACGACGUCGUUUUUAUUAGACUCCACGUACAUAAAGAAGCAGCCGAUCAGAUUGCCGCCAAAUCCCAAAAACAUCGCUUAUCCUGCUUCGACGGAGACGGCGGCGAAAGAAAGGAUGCAGAUCCAGGUGAAGUGCAGUUGCGGAGCGGAGAAGUGUCCAGAAUGGGCUAUUAUAGAGUUGCAAGGAGUGGUCGAAGUACAGCCCUCCUUCCAAGGUUCCCUCCAGAACCUCCAAAUCGGACGCCUUUGCCGCCCUUCUUCCCAGGAGAGUUACACUUUCACGGUGGGGUAUCAUGAACUGGUGGGAUCGAGAGUUGCCCUAAAGAAGCCAUUGUUGGUGAUGAAGAAAACCAAGCAGAUCAGCGAAGGAAGUUCUUCACCCGAGGUUGAAUUGGAGGUUAUCGGAAUUAUUCGGCAAAAAAUUUUGUUCAAGACCAGACCUAAAGCCCUAAUUUCCAAACCAGAACCCAUGGUUAAGGAAAGAGCUACUGCGGCAGCCCCUGCUGUCCCGAAGCCAUGAACCGCCACUUGAAGAGUCCAGAGUGAAAUUUGCUUAUAUGAGAGGUUCAAUCUUAUUUUAGAAACAUAUGCUUAGUUGGUUCUGUAUUGUAACCAUUUUCCCUUAAUGUUAGUAAAUCUUUAUAUACACCAACUUAAUAUCAUAUUAUUUUUAUAAAGAUUUAUUAUCUUC